CAGCAUCCCUCGUCAGUUGCAAGUCAGGAACUAUCGCGUUCGCGCUGCGCCCUCCUCUCGUUCUUGUCCGUAAUCGCAUCGUGCUAAUCGUGAUCGUUUUUCUUACUUUAAGUGUUUAUUCGUGUUAAUGUCACCUCAUCGAUCUUACCAGUCGAAAUUGCUGGUUGCAACAAAGUGGUGAUCUAACGAGAUCAUACGUUCUUAUAGAUCUAUCGAACAUCGAGAAGUGAUCGUUAAAAAGUCGGUGAGACGAGUUAAAAAAAAAAGGAAAAGAAAAGAAAAACAAUCGAUCGAAGCAUCAUCGAUCGUCGAGUCAUCUCGAUGACAGUCGGUGGCGCGAAAGGCGCCGAUUGACGCGACACGGUGAACGGUGACUCGGUGAACGUUGAAGAUAAAGAAAAGAAGUGGAAGAGAAGACUCGGAAGAUCGAUCGAGAGUAAACAUAGAAGAUUUACUUCUCGGCAGGAUGGAUAAAGACUCGACUAGAAGGAAAUGCGGGAAAGUGCGACGUACUCUGUUUCAUCUACUGCUGAUAGUGGGGGGUGUUACGGGCUUAAAGGAUUUAACGAUCAACGUCCCAGCAAUGGUAAGAUCUGGUGACACCGUCAUACUGACUUGCACGUACGACCUAGAGGGUUCAUCGUUGUACAGCAUUCAAUGGAGCUUAGAAGAGGUAGAAUUCUAUCGUUACGUGACCGAACGAAUGCCACCCCAAAGCGCGUACAACGUGAGUGGAAUACAUGUAAAUGUCACCGCAUCUGAUACAACCAGUGUCACCCUGGUAGACGUGUCCAGAAAUCUGACCGGGACGUACAAGUGCGAAGUAUCAGCCGGUGUGCCCUCUUAUCACACGUUGAUCGAGAGAGCGAAAAUGAUGGUCGUAGACGCCCCAAAAACGGAUCCGACGAUCGGCAGUGAGAAGGAGCGCAUAGCAGUCGGUGAGAUGCUCAGAGCGAAUUGCACCUCCGGUGCAUCCCGUCCAGCCUCUGCCAUUACGUGGAUGCUCAACGGAGAUCAUAUUACAAACAACAGCUCACACUUUUGGAUUCAACCCCAUUCGAUCUCACAAGAGGACGACACCGUAAAGACCAAGUCGCAUAUAGAAUUUAAAAUCACCAACGACAUGUUUCAAAACGGCCGGCUGCAUCUACGCUGCAUAGCUUUCAUUUCCGAUGUAUAUCGAAAAUCCGCUGACAUGGAAAUCGCUGUCGACGAACCGCUUCUUGCCUCUAUCACCGGUGAUGCCCCUGCACAUAGUCACACAGAAUCAAGUGCAAGCAUCGUCAUGAACCAACAACUUUGGUACUCCACAAUGAUGACUUCGAUAGCCUUGGCUACAGCGAUACUGGUGAUGACCGAAUUCUUGACGAGCGGACGACUUACGAACGCUGUACUCGGUACGAGGUAGCUUGUCCGCGACAUUAACGAGAACAUCACUGCCACUGUCUGAUCCGAAUACAUCGUCCAUGUAAAACCUAGUAGUCUAGGGCUUCCAGUUAUGUAUGUUACUAUGUAUUGAAGUAGAUAGUCGAAUAACGAUGAUUUUUAUUGGAAACGAAUGAGACGGAAGAAGAUGACAACAACAAAAACAAAAAAGAAAAUAAAUUAAAACAGCCUGACGACGACGAUAAAAAGACGGUGACACGUCGCUUUAAGAAAAAGACCCCAUUGUAAAAUCGACGACGACCUAUUAUACAUAACGCAGUUACUUUUGAACAUGUUAUCUUUUUGAUGUAAAUUGUUGAUUAAGAAGAGGCAAAAAAAGGUGAAGGACGAAGGAUGAUCGUUCGUUAAAGUGAAGCAAGUAUAUAAAAACGAAUGAAGAAAGGUGCCCGGUGAAAGAGGGAGGAAUGAUGUGCGUCGGGUGACUAUGAGUUCUGGCGAGAGAGGAAAAUGUUGGACAAUCAGGAACUAUUUUCGAUUUCCUCUCCCACUUACGUCGAAAUAUGUACGUCUAACUACUGCCUCUCCGCGAGACCCGAGUUGUUCUCUCAGAUUUUCUCUUCUACGUUAAGGAUACGCCAAUGUUCAGCGACGAUGAAAAAAAAAAGAAAAAAAAAACAAAAAAUAAGGGUAGAUUAUAAAAUUGAGAUAAUCCUCGUAACGAUCGGUAUAUUAUAACGUUAGCGCAGCUACGGCGAGCGGCAACGUUUGGCUCGAUAUCCGCUCCUUUUAAGACGCCUAACAGUGAAUGCGAAGAAAGAAACGAUAGGUACUGGUUUGUAAUCUGUACAAAUUGUAAUAAAUUACAGUACGAACAAUA